UAUUAUCUAGAUCACCAUGGCAACUGGACAGAAAUUGAUGAGAGCUAUUAGUGUUUUUGAAUUUGGUGGACCAGAAGUGCUGAAACUGCAGUCAGAUAUUGUACAACCGAUUCCAAAAGACCAUCAGGUUCUAAUCAAAGUUCAUGCCUGUGGUGUAAACCCAGUGGAGACAUACAUUUGCUCUGGUACUUAUAGUAGAAAACCAGCCUUGCCCUAUACUCCUGGCUCAGAUGUGGCUGGGGUAAUAGAAGCUGUAGGAAAUAAUGUAUCUGCUUUCAAGAAAGGUGACAGAGUUUUCACUACCAGCACGAUCUCUGGGGGCUAUGCAGAGUAUGCUGUUGCAGCAGAUCACACAGUUUACUCACUGCCAGAAAAACUGGACUUUAAACAAGGAGCUGCCAUUGGUAUCCCUUACUUUACUGCCUAUCGAGCUCUGUUCCACAGUGCUCGUGUGAAAGCUGGAGAUACUGUCCUGGUUCAUGGGGCUAGUGGAGGAGUUGGAAUAGCAACAUGUCAAAUUGCUAGAGCUUAUGGCUUAAAGGUUUUGGCUACAGCUGGUACCGAGAAAGGUCAAAACAUUGUUAUGCAAAAUGGAGCCCAUGAAGUGUUUAAUCACAGAGACGUUAAUUAUAUUGAUAAGAUUAAGAAAUCUGUUGGUGAUAAAGGAAUUGAUGUGAUUAUUGAAAUGCUAGCUAAUGUAAAUCUUAGUAAUGAUUUGAAACUUCUGUCAUAUGGAGGACGAGUAAUAAUUGUUGGCAGCAGAGGUCCUAUUGAGAUAAAUCCGCGGGACACCAUGGCAAAGGAGUCUAGUAUAAUUGGAGUAUCUCUCUAUUCAUCAACCAAGGAGGAAUUUCAGCAGUCUGCAGCAGCCCUUCAAGCUGGAAUGGAAAUUGGUUGGUUGAAACCUAUAAUAGGUUCUCAGUAUCCAUUGGAAAAAGUGGCACAAGCUCAUGAAAAUAUCAUUCAUGGCAGUGGGACUUCUGGAAAAAUGAUUCUUCUCUUAUGAUUUAUUCUUUCAUGUAUUUGCUGUGUAGUUAGAGUUUCCCCCUGCCUCCAGUUUCACUUACACUGUGUUUGUGUUAAUUAGUAUUCAUUUGAGUCAAUAAUUUCUUAUAUUAAAAGGAAAAAAUUUUCUUGCAAGAUUAUGGACAUUAGAGUAAAAUUAAUUUUUAUAGCACACAAUAUUCUUUGUAUCAUCUACCUUCAGCCAAGGAGUCAGUAAAGU